CGUUUAUACAUAUAUAUAAGCAUCAUGUUUAACGAACGAAAUACGUAGUUCUCCUUUUUAAAAAAUGAUGUUAAAUUAAAUAAUGGUAUGUAAUGGCACAAAUAUACCCUUCUAAAUUCUUUCCCUAUUUAAUGAAUCUAAUGUUAUAAAAUAACUAAAAUGACAUUAGAAAACAGAGGUUAUCGAUAUAAAAUAACAAGAAAGGAAGAAACUAAGGAAGUCAGAUUGGCAUCUCGGAACAAAAAUAAUAGAAAUAGGGAGCAAAAUCCUCUACGACGCCAUGAUCAGAAAUCAACGGUUUCCGAUUUGGUGUAUAAAUAUUUAAGGAAGAUCGCGUACACCGAUAGCGUUCGAAAACAACGUAAUAAUGCAUGUAAUAGAUUUCGAAAAAGAAACGCAAGAAAGAGAAACAUCCAUUCGCGCAGAAACUCAAAUACAGAUAACAGAUUAAGAUCUUAUGUAAGUGAAGCACUUUCUUUCGCGGUGCAUUCUGGUUAUUUAAUCCCCAUCGAUCGUACCGGAAGAUUUCUACAACUUUCCCCAUGUUUGACACUAUUUUCAACGAAAAAUAAAAAUAAUACGUAUAAACUAAUAAAAAGGAAAAGAUUUGAUUGUUCAUCAAGUGAAACGAACCGAUGGAAGCGUUACAGUUAACAGUUGAACUGUAAACGAAACUGGUCGAUAGAUGCACGGUCUACGAGCGAGAUAAACGGUUUUGCAGUUGCCUUGAAACGCGAUCGUGUCUCACGCGAGACACAAUUUUCGCCUACACCGGCUGUUUCGCUCUGUUUGACGCAGAACUAACCCUUGGGAACAGACCUGUUUCAGCGUGGUUCGCACCUGAGCGUAAAGGUCACCAUCGUCGUGAUAAGUUGCUUGAAUAUAAUCGACGAUAUCCUCUGCGGUGGAUGUCGGUAGCAGACGAUCUUCUCUGCGCUGCAACAACCUCAUCGCCUCCAUCACGCGCAAGGAGAACCUCGAAGAGUUUUCUGCGAUGCGCAUACACUCGCAGAGUCUCUGCAAAAAGAAAGAAAUUG